UUUUCCUUUCGCCUUUUUCUUCUCCUCCGGGCCACCCGAGCUCUCCAGGAGAGGCCUCUUGCACAGCUGGAAUCGGCGGUUCCCACCUCCACGUCUGUCAGUGGAGCUCAUCCUCGCAGCCUCCGCUGAGCUUUUGGUAUGCCACAGCACGCCGAAAGAAGCGAAAUUGGUGGACAUAUGGCCAUCCUGCGUGACGUGUGUUUGUGUCUGUGACUGCUUCAGGCGGGCCCCUCUUUAUUUCCGCUCGUUUGGGUCCGUUCGCUGAUAUUCUCUUGGUGAUUGUCAGGGAUGAGUUACCAGAGUGCAGAUCACCAGAAGGAGGAGUUUCGAAAGUAUUUGGAGAAGAACGGUGUAAUUCAGCAGCUGACUCGCGUGCUGGUGGGCCUGUAUGAGGAGCCGGAGCGUCCCGUCAACGCUAUCGACUUCAUCAAAAAACACCUCGGCGCACCCACAGGUGGGUGAACAAGGCACACACAGCGACCAACGCCCCCCAGGGGCACCGUGUGACGUGCUGUCUCCGGGUGUCCCUGUCUCUGUCUGCCUGUCUGCCUUUCCAUGUGUGUGUGUGUGUGUAGGGGUUGACAUAGAUGAGCUUCGUGCUGAGAACGAAGAGCUGAAGAAGCGCAAUGAGGAGUUGACGAAGCGAGUGGAUGAGCUGCUGCGACAACUCGAGGCCGUCAGGCAGGAACAGGAGGAAUAGCUGCCGAGCCAAUCAGUGACGCCUGCCUGCCGGGACACACAAACAACUCAUGGAUGAGCAUGUCUGACAGUGUAUUGGGAUUGGUGUGGUGAAUGUCUGGACGAACGUCUCGUGUGGGGCGAUGUGCACUUGACCGGAUCCAUCAAGCGGUAGUCGAUACAUAUGCUUUUCCGUUGAUCGAUCAACCGCCCGCUACAGACAUGCAUCCCUUCCUGUAUGUCGAUCGUUUGUCUCCUGCCUGUCCGCCUUUUCGUGCCGUGCUCCUGCCUGUCGUGUGUGUGGAUGAGCGCAUGGGCCUGUUUGUCUGCAUGGCCUCUUGUCGAUCGACUUUAUCUUCAUUUGUUGCAUCAUGAUGUACGAUCGAUGGGCAGUCAGUCACAUAAGCUCAAUCCGCCUCGCAUUCA